AUGGUAACCGCGGCGCGCCCUCCGCGCAUCGCCCUCAGCGGCGAGGUGCCCUCGGCGGCCAAGGCGGCGCAGCGCGCCCUCCGCUGCCGCACGGUUGGGCCGCGCGAGGCGGAUAUCCUCGUCGUCGGGCAACCGGUCCGGCGCACGCUCAAGCUGCUGCACGCGCUCUCGCGGGGCGCCUGGGUCGUCGAGGCUUCCUGGCUGAUCGAGAGUGCUGCGGCUGGCCGACCGCUCGACCCAGCCCCGUUUGAGUGCGGCAUCCCCGGCUGCCGCUCGGCGCGCCUCCGCCGGGCAGAGGGCGAACCUCCGGUGCUGUGCGGGCUUCGGGUGGAGGUGGCAGAGGGCACGCGUGUGCCGACAGCGGAGCUCCUCGCCAUCCUCACCGCAGCCGGCGCGGUGGUCGAACGCAACGACGACAGCGCUGAGCCGGUCGCCGCCUGGGAGGCGGUUGGUGAUGGAGACGAGGUCCUCCGGCGGGUGGAGAGGCCGGGCCAGAAGACGCGGCCGGAGGGGGAGGGGCGGCCAUGGGGCUGCACGGCGGCGGUGCUCGGCGGAGGGGAUGGCGAGUACUUUCUGCUCGAGGAGGCGCUGGAGCUCUACCGCGCGCGGCUGCCGCACUGCAGCGGCGACCGGCUCGUGGCGGCGUGCACGUUCCGCGAGCACCGCGCGGCCGGCUUUGCGGAGCUGCUGCUCCUCGCCGUCGCGCGGGGCCGCGGGCGCAGCGGGCUGGGGAGCGGGCUGCUGCGCGGCCUCGAGGGCUGGCUGGCCGCUCGCGGUGUGCGCUGCGUCGCCGCGUGCGCCGGACUGGACUGCGGCGGCUUCUGGAGCCGGUGCGGGUACGACGCGGAGCAGCCACUCGAGCCUCGGCUGUGGGCCCUGCUGCUCGACCCGUUUGGGAACUCGCGCAUCAUGGCCAAGGAGUUGCCCGGGGGGUGA